GCCCACCGGCCGGCGGAUGACCAACCGGACAAUCCAUCUGCCAGUGUCUCCCGCCCCCCCCGGCCUGUGAUUGACCGCACUUGCGGGGCGCGCACGGCGGUUGGUGAAGCGGCCCAUCCAUCAGGGUGUAAGCCCCGCCCUCGCACCGGCAUCCGCUGUUGGGGGGGGGGGGGGUUGAAGAUUGUGGAGCCCGGCCCCGCCCGCACGGAACAAGAUGGCGUCGUAUUUCGAGGAGCACGGCUGUGAGGGCGCCGAGUCCGGGGAGCAGGAGGGGCAGGACGGCCUGCUGCUGCUCGCCAGGUCUCUGCUGGCAGGGAUCGAUCUCGACCUCGGGCAAGUGGAUUUCUCUGACUGGGAUCACCGAUUGCCACCUGCUGCUAAAAAGGAGAUUGUGCAGAAUCUCCCGACAGUUCCUGUGACCGCUGCACAAGCAGACAAAGGUGCUAAGUGUCCGGUCUGCUUACUGGAGUUUGAGGAAGAGGAGAUGGUGAAGAAAAUGCCAUGUGAACAUUUCUUCCACUCUGGUUGUCUCGUGCCCUGGCUGGGAAAGGUGAUGGCAGCUCUCCAUCUGCGUUGCUCAGUGGCGAUCACGUCUCCGGUUCUGCCCUUCCAGACAAAUUCGUGUCCGUUGUGCAGGCUCGAGUUACCCACUGAUAAUCCAGAAUACGAGGAAUACAAGCAAGACAAGGAGAGAAGAAAACAGAAGGAACACCGCCUGGAAUAUCUGCAUGGUGCCAUGUACACAUGACCACCAGCAAGUGGUCCUUUAUUGAGCAUUUGAUGUGUUUCUCCUACAUUCUGCUGGUUUCCCUUUAGGCUCCUGGAGCUUCUGAAGAAACUUGUCGUUAUGGACCCUGCUUUCACCCACAGCUCCUUUCCCAUCGAAACAAGAGCAGAGCCAGGAGCAAGUGCAAUGCUUUGAGUCUUGGAAAAUGGAAAGCUCCUGUCUUAGUGAUCUUUGUGCUCUGUGGGGUAUUGUUACCGAUCCGUCAAUGGCUUUUCUUUACAAACUCCGUUCCAUUUGAAAAUCUUACUCCCGAAUUGGACACAAUGCGUGAAAUAUUAAGUGUUUGUACAACAGAAUCUCGACACUAAAAUGCUCAUGUUAAGGCCCACUGUACAUCUCAGUGAAGUAGUGUGUUUUGCUCCUGACUUACAGCAGUGUGGUUUGAAACCCUUUUGAAUUUAAAUUGUAUUCAUAAUGCAUUUCCCGCUUUACCACUGCAGGUUCUUGGUAUUCCUCUUCCUGGGCUGGUCUCUUAAGAUCUCUUCCUGGGGUUGUGUGCCCUGGAAAAGUGCGUUGUUGUCAGUGGGGUCAAUUAGUGGGUGUUAACACGUAGCAGCUUGAAUUUGCUGCGUGCCAUUAACGUGGGUAAGGAUUCCCCGUCACUGCACAGACAGGAGAAUGUUUACAAUGGACUGGCGAGACUGAAGAGCCCCACCGCUAGUCGUGUAGACAGAAAGUCACAAGAAAUGCAUCUUUGUGUCUGUUUGACUAGCCUUCUAGACCUUUUGAGUCAUUUAAAUCACUUGUUCUAUGCAAAAUCUACUCUUGUCAUUGUAAAUGUGUGUGCUACUUUAAUGUGACUCAAGAAUAUUGAAUAUUGCACUGAAAUUUUGUUUUAUUACUUUAUGAACAUGCUUUCUGCUGGAAUUCGAUUGUCUAACCAAGUGUUGGGCGUUUGUCUUUUUAUAGAGAAGGAGAAACUUUUUUUUUACUGCAGUGGGUGAACAGAACAGCUUUGUGUGUACAGUUUAAAAUCUGCCUGAGAGUAUUUUCCACGAACGGCUGUUCCUGCCCACUUUGAAAAGUACCGAGGCAGUGUGCCUAGCCAAAUUCUUGCCAGUACCAGGAAUCUGAAAGCAAAACGGGGUGUUAUUAAUAUCUGCCUUACUCCAUGAGUCAGCUUCCUCUGCUGUCUGGGCUAGAGAAUUCCCAAGGCUCACCGUCUUCUAAGAGAAGGAAUUUCUUUUCAUCUCAGUCCUAAAUGACCUUAAAACUCCUUGGUUCCAGUUUGCUCACAGGGCAAAACAGCCUGUCCACAUCUACGCUGUGUAAGAAUUCUGUAAAUUACCUGCCAAAAGUGGGCCGUAGUUAGGAUCUGAGUACUGUACAGGGACAUGGACAAGGAAGGCUGUGUCCACUGCUGACCUUAACAGAUUUUGAAGGUAAAACCCAAAAGAACCAUGGAUGCUGUAAAUCAGGAAAAGAACAGCUAACAUUUUUGGAACCAGUGACUCUCCCUUGCAUUUUGAAGAUGAUUUGACUCCAGCAAGAGCAUUUUUGGCGCAUCUACUUGGAAUGACCUCAACUUACUUUCAUGUGUUUGUCCAUCUGUCUGAUUACAGGGUCUUCACCUCCACUGCUUUCUGCGAAUAGGGUCCUCUCUCGGUCACUGGGUGGAGCAAAAAUUGCUUUUGCUUGGGGUAGUGUUUGCAUUAUCGUGGUGAGCCCUCACAAAUCCAGGCUGUGGUUGUGAUCUUUCUUGUCUAAUGUACUCUCAAGGUUCUGCUAGCCCCCUGCUCUGUCCCCCAUCCCCACUGUCCUGGGCAAAGCAUCAGUAAGUGCCCACUGGCAUAGGAGAAAAUAGUGGUUUUGGGCGGGGGAGUUUAAUUAAAGAUCUGACAGCACUGUUUUUCUGUUGAAAUUCGACUUUACCUGAUGCGAGAUUAAGUUGUGCGCUGCAUAAUGUUUUCAUACACUUCCACCUGCAAAUAAAACAUGAACCUGGAUUGUC